AUGUCACGAGAAGUCGUCGAAAAGUACAAGCUGGUCUUUCUCGGUGAGCAAAGCGUCGGCAAAACAUCGCUGCUGUCCCGAUUCAUGGACGACCAUUUCGAUACCCAGUACAAGGCCACUAUUGGCAUUGAUUUCAUGUCCAAAACAAUGUACUUGCCCGACCGUACUAUCCGGCUCCAGCUGUGGGAUACCGCGGGCCAGGAACGGUUCCGGUCGCUCGUGCCAUCGUACAUUCGCGAGUCCAACGUGGCGGUGGUCGUAUACGACAUCACGGACCGCAAAACGUUCGACGACGCCUCAAAGUGGAUUGACGAGGUUCAAGCGGACCGCCAGGGCCAGGCCCUCAUUGUGCUCGUCGGCAACAAGUGCGACCUCACGUCCGCCCGCCAGGUAACCACCCAGGAGGGCGAAGAAAAGGCAAAAGCUCUGGGCGCAAUGUUUAUGGAGACCAGCGCAAAAAACGGACACAACUGCAGACCCUUAUUUAAGAAGAUUGCUAACGAACUCGUCGAUAUGGAUAUUGCACCGCAAACCGAACAGCAGGCUGGCCUGGUGGACGUGAAUGUCGAAAACGAGGAGCCCCAGGGCUGCUCAUGUUAA